AAAAAAAGAGUUGGAGUAAAUAUUUAUAGUGUUAUUGUUUAUAUUAUUAUUUAAAUUAAAUUGUAAAUAUUUAAAACAAAUGAAUAGUUAUAAUGCAGUUUUUAAGAAGAACAAAUAUACUGUCAAGAGCAAAAAUGAAAUAUGACAAUCAAAUAAACUGUAAAAUAAUAUUUAGAUGUUUAAAUUCUAACCUCAAAUUGUUGGUACCAGAUGAAGAAGAAGAGAGUAAUAAUUAUACAAUAAAUCAUCAUGUUGAUCAUCAAAAUAAACCAUCAUCAACAUUUGCAGAUUAUAAACAAUUUAUAAUACAAAAUUUAGGAGUUGAUGAAAAUGAAGCAAAUAUUUUAAUUCAUCGUAGUAAUAAAUUUCUUCAAAUUCCAUUGAAAACAAUUGAUCAUUGUUGUCAUAUUUGUCGAAUGAGAAAUAUUGAUAUGAAAAAUGGUCUAACUGAUAUUAAAUUUUUGGAAUUAAAUGAACAACAAUUGGAAGAAAGAAUAGCAUCACUCAAAGAAAUGGGAGCAAUGUACAUAACAACAACCAUGAUCACCAGAUGUGGUGGUUCUUCCAAUGUUGCAUUGUUCAAGGCAUUUGCUGAAAUUCCAAAAAACAAAAAUAUUUGUCAAGAGCUUUAUUCAAUUUUACAUGAUCCACCUCAUGAUGUACCAAAACUAGCUUCAAUAAGUGAAACGUUAUCAAUAAAAGAAUACAGAAAAUUAAUUAUAAAUCACUAUAUCAAAUGGAGACUUGAAUUUCCAUCUGAUCAAGAUAAAUUACUUAAACUUGUUACUUCAAAGCUAUUGUACAAAAGUUUUGCAAAUAUUAAAAAUAGUUUUGAUGUACUACAUUAUGAUUAUGGAUUACCAAUUGAAAUUAUUAGAACAAAAAGAUGUCUUGAAAAUACUUGUGCAAUUGAUAUGAAAAAAAUAUUAAAUGAAUUAAAAACAAUUUGUGGUUUAUCAGUAAAAUAUUUGUUGAAUCAUUGGCCACAACUUCAUAAAAUGAAAUAUGAAAAUGUAUCAAUGGCAAAAAAGUUAUUGGAAAAAUAUAAUUUUACAAAAAUACAAUUAGAAAAUUGUCCAGAAAUAUUAUUAGUUGAUGUUGAUAAUUUAAUUGAUGGUAUUGAGGCAAUAAACAAUCUACCAGAAUUAAAAGGAUUAAUCGAUCAUCCUUUAAUAUUGCAAAUUGUUUUGACAAAAGAUGGUAUCAGUAAUAGAAUUCAUUAUCUUAAAUAUCUAGGCUUUGCAUCUAAUUUUACAAUUAAAGUAUUAGGAUCAUCACUCAGUAAAUUUGACACAUACUUGAAAGACACAAGAAGCAGACACAAAGAUAAAGAAUUCUUUUUAGAUUUAGCUAAACAAAUUGGAAUUGAUUUUGUAAAAUUAAAAAUUGAAUUAAAAAAACAUCCAUUGUGGAAACGUGCAAAUGUUAUGUCAAUUUACGGUACUCGUAAAUAUUUAAUGGACAAUUUUGACAUUCAAGAUGUUCAUCAAAAUUUGCAAUUGUUAUUAUAUUCGAGAGAAAAAGUUGAAGGUAUAUGUAUCGAUUUAAUUAAAAUGAAUGAAUCAUUGAAUCAAGAGGAUCGUUAUACAUCUUGUCAAUUAUUGGCUUUGUGUAUUUAUGAAAUUGAAAAAGCGUAUCAUUUUACUGGUGAGGGUAUUUGGGAGUUGACUCGUGAAAUUCAAACAACCCCAAGAUAUCAACAAAAUGAAGAAGAAGAAGAAGAAGAAGAAGAAGAAGAACAUGAAAAAUAUUUAGAAGAUCCAAGAGUUGCUGGUGGUGAUGCUACUGAUGCUGCUGAUGAUGUUGAUGAUUAAAUAAUAAUAAUAAAAAUAAUUCACAAAUAAACGAGGAUGGCUGGAAGGCACCGCCCACGUUACCACAGUAGAUGACGAGUUGGGCCAAUAGGACGAGUGUGCUGGUACAACGACGUUAUGCUUUGGUGCCUUGUUGCCUUAUGAUGGACAUUUAUAAAUACAUGUAUAUACAUUUAUACAUCACGACCCGAUGAUGAUGAUGAUCAUCAUCAUCAUCAUGAUCAUGAUCGUGUACAAGCUACAAGCCAUAUUUUUAUGAUGCCAAAUGAUGACUGAGGAGAUAACAUAUGCGGGUUUUGCUUGCUUACUUACUUUGAAUUUUCUUAUAAUACUUUUUUUUUUGUUUUAGCAAGACUGUUUUUAUUGUUGUCCAUCAGCAUUGAUUGAAACAUUCUAGAUCUGAAAUUAAUUUAUCAUUUACUUUUUCUUCUUCUUCAUGAUUAAUUACUGUAAUCUAUUAAUUAAAUAUUUAAAUAUCGAGAAUGAUAAGGAACCAUCUCGACUGCUUGACAAUCUGAUACUGGAAUGACAAACUCGUUGUU